AUGAAUAAAUACGAUGAAGAAGAUAAGAUUGAAUAUGAAAAAGACGGUUCUAAGAAAGAGGGCUUCAUUAUAAGAAAUUUAGGUAAAAGAAAACCCUCAAAUAAACGGGCAUACGCCGUUGGUGAUACUCCCACUUCUUUGGAAAAGGAAACAAUUGUCGUCGAAGAGGACGAUAUCAUUCGCAAAUUACCGCGCUAA